AUGCUUGGCGUAUCUCGAAGAGUGCAACAAAUUUUGGGACCCAAACCUCACAAAGACUCGUUCUAUUACACAGAACUGUUGCACCUUUGCAAAACCAUCGAUUGCAUUAAAAAAUCGCACGCCCAGGUUAUUGUCGGGGGUCAUGAACAAGACCCAUUUAUCGUUGCUAAGCUAGUUGAUAAGUACGCGCAGUUCAGUGGCUCCAACCUAGAACAUGCACGCAAGGUGUUCGACAAUUUGUCUGAAAGAGAUGUUUUUUGUUGGAACGUGGUCAUCAAAGGUUAUGCCAAUGUGGGUCCUUUCGCUGAAGCCUUGAAGGUCUACGAUGAGAUGCGAUUGAGUGGCACGACCCCGAAUCGCUACACUUACCCUUUUGUGCUCAAGGCUUGUGGUGCUGAGAGAGCUUCUCAAAAGGGUCAAGUGAUUCAUGGGCACGCUACGAAGUGUGGAUUAGACUUGGAUUUGUUUGUUGGGAAUGCCCUUGUUGCGUUUUAUGCAAAGUGUCAAGAGGUUGAAGUGUCAAGAAAAGUGUUCGAUGAAAUUCCUUGUAGAGACAUUGUUAGUUGGAAUUCUAUGAUUUCGGGAUAUACCAUGAAUGGAUAUGUGGAUGAUGCUAUCCUGCUCUUCUAUGAUAUGUUGAUGGAUGAUGGUAUAGGUGCCCCUGAUAACGCCACCCUUGUGACAGUUCUUCCUGCAUUUGCUCAGGUAGCAGAUAUUCGUGCCGGAUACUGGAUUCAUUCUUAUAUUGUCAAGACAGGGAUGAAGCUUGAUCCUGCUGUAGGUAGUGGUCUUAUAUCAUUAUACUCAAAUUGUGGCUAUAUAGGCAUGGCUAGAGCCAUCUUUGACCAGAUCUCUGAUAGAAAUAUCAUAGUGUGGAAUGCAAUAAUUAGGUGCUACGGGAUGCAUGGUCUUGCACAAGAGGCACUCAGUAUGUUCCAGCAAUUAGUUGAGGCUGGCUCGUGCCCAGAUGGUGUUGUAUUUUUGUGUUUGUUAUCCGCAUGCAGUCAUGCAGGUAUGCUUCCACAAGGGUGGCACCUUUUUCAGACCAUGGAAACUUAUGGAGUUGCAAAAAGCGAGGCGCAUUAUGCUUGCAUUGUGGAUCUAUUGGGGAGAGCUGGGGAUCUGGAAAAAGCAGUGGAUUUUAUUCAAUCUAUGCCUAUCCAACCAGGUAAAAAUGUUUAUGGUGCCUUGUUGGGUGCUUGUAGAAUACACAAAAAUAUGGAGCUUGCUGAAUUGGCUGCAGAGAAGUUGUUUGUUUUGGACCCUUACAAUGCUGGGCGUUAUGUGAUUCUAGCACAGAUGUAUGAAGAUGCAGGUCGAUGGCAGGAUGCUGCCAGAGUGAGAAAAGUAGUCAGGGAAAAAGCAAUCAAGAAGCCAAUUGGGUAUAGCUCUGUAGAGCUGGAAUCAGGUCAUCAAAAAUUUGGAGUGAAUGAUGAAAGUCAUCCAUUUACAACACAGAUCUUCGAGACCUUGCUAAGCUUAAAUAGGGUAAUGGGGAAAGAAGGUCGUGCUCGAUGCGAUGUCAUUUUGUAGGAAAUGAUGGGGUGGAUAAAGCUGGUAUAUUCAACCAGCGGAAAGGGACACCCCAUUGUCACCCUGCUAAUGGCUAAGUUACCCAUACAAAGACCCUGUACUUGCACAUUUAUGUGUUUUAUUUU